AUGAAGCUGAAAAUACUCCUUAGCUUAGGCUUCUUGGUAGCCAGUGUGGCUACAGAUGACUCUUAUGAGGAUUCCCAACUGUCGGACCAGCUUCCCGCUGCCUCAAAGCCCAACUUUCUCUUCAUAAUGACAGAUGACCAGGAUCUGAAGUUGAAUUCGAUGUCCUAUAUGCCAUUGACUAUCAAGCAUAUGGCAAAGAAAGGCACAACAUUUGCCAACCACUUCGUCACUACCGCUUUGUGCUGUCCAUCUCGUGUCAGUUUGCUCACUGGGCGCCACGCACAUAACACCAACGUAACCGAUGUUAAUCCACCCUGGGGGGGAUACCCUAAGUUUGUUGAACGCGGAUUCAACGAGAACUACCUUCCUGUCUGGAUGCAACAGGCGGGCUAUGACACCUACUAUACUGGAAAGCUGAUGAACGGUCAAUCUCUUGAGAACUAUGCCAGUCCACAUGCUGCAGGCUUCAACGGAUCAGACUUUCUCCUAGACCCUUAUACAUAUGACUUUUUGAAUACCACGUACCAGAGAAAUCACGAAAAGCCUACCAAUUACCUAGGCCGUCACACGACCGAGGUUAUACGCGAGAAGGCGAUGGGAUUCCUAGACGACGCCCUAGUUGGCGAACGACCUUUCUUUAUGGCUGUAACACCUAUUGCACCGCAUUCGAACAUGAAUGGAACACAUGGUGGCGGAAUGGACGAUCCCAUCCCUGAAGAACACCAUAAGCAUCUCUUCCCAGAUGCGAGGGUACCUCGAACAGCCAACUUCAACCCCAAACACCCGAGUGGCGUGAGUUGGAUUCAUGAUCUUCCAUACCAGAAUCAGACCGUCAUAGAUUACAAUGACCAUUAUUAUCGCCAGCGCCUUCGUUCCCUUCAGGGUGUCGACGAGCUAGUUGACCAACUAAUUAUACGUCUUGAAAGAUCCGGAAAGAUCAAUAAUACCUUCAUUAUCUACACCUCGGAUAAUGGUUUCCAUAUCUCUCAGCACCGACUUCCUCCUGGGAAAACCUGUGGCUUCGAGGAAGAUAUCCGAGUUCCUUUCAUAUUGCGCGGGCCUGGUGUCGCAGAGAGCCAUACGGAUAAUAGGGUUACCACACACAUUGACAUUGCUCCCACAGUAUUCCAGCUAGCUGGGCUUAAUCCGAGAUCUGACUUUGAUGGAACACCAAUGCCAACUUCUAAAACUAGUGGAGAUCUCCAUGAACAUAUUGCGGUUGAAUUUUGGGGACGGGGGAUACUCGAAGGUGCCUUCUCAAAGCCCGGGGCCCAAUUUGUGCCGAACAACACCUUCAAGGCCGUUCGCGUGCUUGCCCCUGACUAUAACUUGUUCUACUCCGUGUGGUGUAAUAACGAGCAUGAGCUCUAUGACAUGAGUACGGACCCUUACCAGGUGAAGAAUCUCUGGAAGAGAGGUGCUAAAAGGGUGAAGAUUCUCGGACACCCAAUGUCGAAAGUAAUUCCAAGAUUGGAUGCCCUCCUCAUGGUACUCAAGUCAUGCAUUGGCUCCGAAUGUAUCAAGCCCUGGGAUACUCUACACCCGGACGGCUUAGUGACGAACCUCCGAGAUGCAUUGGAUAAUAAGUAUGAUGACUUCUAUGAGUCCCAGCCAAAAGUCUCCUUUGACCGCUGCGUCUAUGGCUAUGAGAUCGAUGCCGAAGGACCCCAGAAUGCUCUCGCUUUCAGAGAUGGAUAUAGUGUGGAGUCCUGGGUUUAA